UAAUUGUUCUAAGCCUAGUCUAGAUUUGAACAAAGGAACAGAUGUUGAAAAGAAAAGACUGCCAGUGGAGCUGCUGCGAUCUACUUGGUAAAUUUUUCUAGCUUAGCCAACUAAAAUUACAAUUUUUAGAAGAACAUUCCAUAAUUUUUCACCCUGGUUUAUUAAGUGUUUUACAAUAAUAUUGUUCAUUGGGUUGCCAUCUUCUCAGAGCUUAUUCAAACGGGAUUUGGGCCCUUUAUUUGAGCCGGAAUGCAAGAGGUGAGCUGGAUAUGAGAUUCUGUGGACCUGGAACACUAAAAUACGAUAAUAAAAAAUCACCUUGUUCUUUAAUUAUUUUUCUCAUCACAUUUGGAACGAAUGAAAUAGUUUGACUACACUGAUGAUGGAAACUGCAAGCCGUAGUUUUGUUAUUCAAUUGAAGUGUAGGACAUAAAGGUCUCGUUUGCGAAUGUGGAGCCAACACCCAGAGCCGCCGAGAGGGGGAGGGGGCAGGGGAGGCAAUUGGCCCAGGACCUUGAGGUCUAGGGCGCAACAUUAAAUUAUGAAUUCCAUUUAAAGAAUGAAACUUAUCAAACGCAGCAAUAUGCCUCAAAAUAGUAGAACAUUUUGAACUAUUGUGAGAAAAUGACUGCAAGAAAUAUUGUUAAAUGUAUUUUAAGCUAAUCUGAAGGAUAUGGUCGCAAAAAUUUCUCCGCUUUAAGCUUUGCCCCGGAACCUACCGAACUUUCCGUGGCCCUCCCAACACAUCUAACAAAUUGAUGAAAAUAUUGGGUUGAUUGGUUCGUAUUUGCUCUGAUACCAACCUUGAAGGGUGAAAAACGCUAAAAAAUAUAACGAUAACUUGUGGAGCUGGAAAUUUUCCUUAAAAUAAGUUCUGCUUCUUCUGGUGAUCAUGCUUUGCAGGUGACUGCUAUGACACAUUAUUCAGUGUUCCUAAAACGAUUGACUGAAAUUGCUCGAUUCGUGGUUAAUUUAUCUGUCAUCCCGUGUAAAUGAUUGAUCGUGGCUAUGAUUGAUCGUGGUUUUUCUGCUGAAUGAAAAUUUAAUGGCCUACUCAAGCUUCAUAUAAGAGGCGUUGAAUUCAAGCUUCCUUCAGAUGUUUCGGGUGGUGCAAGAGCAUUACAGCAUUGCAUACGAUAAUUGUUGCAUAUGUGAUGCUGCUAGCAAAAGCAGAGGAAGUAACGAUGUUCUGCCUACUUCAAAAGCAUAAAACGAUCUAUCUGCACCUUGCUGUUGUCUUCAUGCUGACAGUUUUCCAUUUGCAAGGGAAACAGAUACAAUUGCAAUAUCCACAGAGCAGUUUGAAAUAUCGUGAUUGCAGUCUUGCUGGCUUACUUCAAACCAUGACACAAAAAGCAGAUCAAUCUCUAUUCAAGUUCAAAUGUGGCAACGUUAGCAAUAUUUCUUUCUUGAAACUUAAAGUAUUACAGUUGCCUUGGUAUUUGUACGAAGCAAGGAGAGUGGCUAUCGAGCCGAAAAAAUCGUUUCUCUCAUUUUUCCUUCUACGCAGAAGAGGAAGUAAAGAUCUUUUUCUUCUCUUCAAACGCAACUUGAAUGGUGAAAGAGCUUCGUUUAGACGAUUUCUUGUUAGAGCUGGUUUUGAAACCCAUGAUUCUGUCAACAUCAAAACUCCUUUCCAAGGAAUCAUAGCUAUUUGGACCAGAUCAAUAAUCUGCAAGUGUUAUACUUUUAGAAAUGCAGGCACCUCUAGCUUGCGAGAACGGCGCUCUACUACUGAAACUGAAGAAUGCACAGGCCAUUCACACAGAUCUGUUGUCGUGAUUGACUUCAAUGUGGCGUAUACAACCGUAACACCAGAGUCGCUUUCUACCCUUGCACAAAACACGGCUACAUACGCAGGACUUGAGUCAGGUGGUGUUAGCACUAAGGAACACGUUGGAUCUACAUUUGCAUUCUACCCAGCAAAGCUUGUCGCCUUUGGUAUGGGAGAUAAUGAAUUAACUAUCGAGAACAGCACCAUUGUAACGUAUGUAAUAUCAUGCGGGCAAAUUACACCCUCUGACAGUCGUGUCACAAAGUUGCGAAAUGAUGCUACAAGUGGCUCUCUUUCCCAAAGUCUAGGGCAGCCUGUAAGAAGAUGGUUUGUUCUGAUUAAAGAAAACACUGUAAAAACAACGACAACCCAAGCUCCAAGCACAACAACGCCUUCUGGUCCCCAGGGCCCAAAAGUUCAAGGUCCUGUGAAUAUGGAGAUCUCCAAUACAACAUUUCGAAUCCAGUUUACUAUACCAGCAAAUACAUUUGUUGAUAAGGAAGAUGGUGACCUCAACAACAUGAGGCUUUUCUUGUACAGUGCAAAUGGUGCUGAGCUGCCGAAGUCCACGUGGGUCAGUCUGCAUUCAAGAACGGUGACAGCUUUCUCGACUUAUGCCAUAUUUGCUAAUCAGCCAAAGACUGGGUACGAAUACAGGUUGAGUGCCAUCGAUUCAAGUGGCAGCGAAAGCCACACAGAACUCAACAUUCUAUUUAGCGGCCCGUUACUUACGCCAAGCUAUCUGAGAACAAUAAUUCUAAGCUCAACAACACUGGUGAUGGCAACAAGCUUCUCUGAUGCGGAUAUUCUUUUUCUUCUCCAAGCAAAGAUGUCUACCUACCUUAAGAUAGAAGCUGAUGAUUUUUUCAAUUCUAUAUUCACAGUUACCAGAAUAGGUAACUCAGAGAUAUCGAUGAAGUAUGAGUUUAGCAUUCGGCAACUUACCACUCACGCCACAUGCAAUCUCACAACUAUAAAAGAACUGCGGUCAAAAUUUGAGGGUGCAGCUGCGGUGGAGGCAUUUAAAGAGGCUCUGAGACCACAGUUCAUUGUGAAUUCUAUUUCUGGAGAAAGGUUUGAUUCAGCAUGCAAUUACCUGUCUACUGGUAAGCCUAGCAUUGGUAUUUCGUUUGGCACAUUAAACAUUGAAGAGGCGAAAAUGUUUUCUAUUGCCAUCCCAAGCGCCUCGUUUAUAUCUCCUAAUGGCAGCAAUAUGAGACUCACUCUUCAUCUUAGAUUUCAAAAUGCCACUGAUGUCCCCUCAAAUUAUUGGAUGAGUUUAAGCAGCCAGUAUCUCGACAGGAGUCCUGUACUACAAGGACUAGUAACCGGAGAUGUUGCUUCUACUUUCACAACAAUGUCUUUCAAAUUGGUGGCUCAAACGCCAUUGUUGGUAGAAAGCUUUCAAAGUUUUCAAGUUAAUCUAAAGAAAACUACAGGGCCUAUUUUGUUUUCUGUAUCCAUGUCGCAAAAUAGGAUGAUUUCUAUUUCUGCUAUGUCAUUCAUCAAAUCUUUUCAAAGUUUUAUGACUUCUUACAUGAGAGUUACACAGUCUUCAUUCAGGAUUCUUGAUGUCAAGACGACGGCGUUGACUUCCAUUGUUUGGACAGCUUCAAGUUUAGCCACAUCUCCAUGCAAAGCUCCCGAUAUUGUGGUUGCGAGGAAGAAAUUGGUGCAAAAUGAUGGCAGCAUAAAUGAGACGCUUCGUGAGAGUCUAACAAAAAAUCUUAAUUUCACCACGACUUCAAUCUCAAUCCAGCUGACUGGAGAUUGUGCCAGGCCGACCGUGGUGCUCAAGAUACCACUGCUUCAGAUACCAAAGUACGGUCCGUUGAUAUACGUUGUGCCAAACAAUGCAUUUUAUGAUGCUACUUAUGGUAACAAAUUGAUCAUUGCUCUUCUUGACAUCAACAGUAACAGACUACAACAGAAUUCAUGGAUAUGGUAUAACAACUCUACAAGAACUAUCUCUGGUUUUCCCGUUGACCCACAAAAACAAACCUACAACUUUUUAUUACGUGCUACCAAUGUCGAAGGACACUUUAUUGAUGAAAACAUAACCGUGGUCCAAAGUUGGACUCAGCCAAACUAUGGCUUCUCUUAUUUCAUCAAAUUUAGCUAUAGCUUGCAAUUACUGCCUGUUUCAAAUGUUGUGAUGACUUUCACUCAGAAGCUAAAGACCUACUUCAAGCAGCCAUCAAAAGAAAAUGUUAUAAUUUUUAGGCCAAUGUUUUAUUCGAGCAACCAAAUUAGUUUGUAUUACCAAAACACUUCGCUUAACUCAGAGGUUUGUGAUGUGAUAGGCAGUAGCUUUAUCCGAAGUUUAUUGCUUAAUAAAACCGACUCUAAGAAGCCAAACGGAGAAUUGAUUGCUAGCAUGCAACCCGAGUUCCAAAUAGAAGAAGUUAGGCAAGAACAUCAAGUCGCUUGCUCUCUUGAAAAUCGCAAGCCACCUUAUGUGAACUACAGUAAUAAAACUGUUAGUGAAUUUUUUGAAAAACCUAAACAGUUGCCCUUUGGUGUUGUAAGUAUAUAUGAAAUUCCUCCCAACGCGUUUAUUGAUGUAGAGGAAGGCAACACACGCAAGUUGAGUCUUAAUCUGAAGACUUACGAUGGACAAAGCUUACCAAUAAAUAGCUGGGUGGUUUUAAAUGCCACUGCUCAGACGAUAUUUGCAUUUCCAACAGAUAUUGUCUACUCGCAAAAUGCCAGCUUACACUUUCAAUUCAGACUUGUCGCUACAGAUAGUGACGGUAAAAAUACAAGUGCAAUUAUCAACUUUAAGAUAAGUGGUCCUCCACCAACCGGAUACUACAGUGUGGUUAUGACUAUCAUUGUUACUCGCAACCAGUAUGAAACACAUGCAUAUCAAACAGCAUUAUUACUAGAGAGAUUAGUUGCUGUGUUUGGUAAUCAAAUGGGAAUAUUUAUCCGAUCUUACAUUUCAACAAAAACAACUUCAGGCAGUUCUGUUUCCACAUUGAUAUGGAGUUUUUCUAAAGCGAUUCAAGGUGCCUGUGAUUGGGAAACUAUGAAGAGAAUUCAGUCGAAAGUAUUCAUACAAGAUACAAGCCAAAUGAGCCCGACAAUGCGUUACGUUUUGGGUAUGGGUUUCGAAGUGACAAGCAUAAGGGAUUCCUUAAGCGGUCCCUGCUUGGUAGAGGCACCAAAUGUGACUAGAGAACUUCCAGAACUUGUCGUUCACUUUUGUGGUCCCUUUUCCUACACAAUACCCGAUGAUACUUUCCAAGAUAAGCAAGAUGGAAAUACACGAAAACUCAAACUGACACUUCUACAGUCAAAUGCAAACCGCAUUCCUGCGGAUUAUUGGCUACAAUUUGAUUCCGUUAACCAGAAGAUUGUCACUGUUCUGACUAGUACCCAGAGCUUUGCUAGUUAUCCGAAAGAACAUAAUUUUAUCUUGAUUGCAACUGAUUCGACAAACGCAUCUGUGAAUACUACAGUAAAAGUGAAAAUAAACCCUAUUAUGCCCGCAUACAGUCAUACUUUCUCUAUACAAACCGUCUAUCAAUUAGAGAAUAGCAACCUUGUUCUCUAUCAGUUCGUUAAGAAGAUUCAGUCAUACCUUUCAGACAACCGUAGAAAUUUCCGAGUCGUGAGUGCGACCAGAGGAUCUGGUAACUCGCUAGCGGUUACAUGGACAAACUGCUCUCUCCGUUACAGCCCGUGUGAUGUUAUUGGCAUACGAAAGAUCAGUGAACAAUUGCAAGUUACACGAGGGACUAUCAACAGUAACUUUAUCCAAGCUAUGCAGCCAGAAUUCAAACAGCUCUUUUUAACAGAGACUGAAAUUGGACCUUGCUUAGUGGAUAAACCUCCAGUUUUGGUGAAAUCAUUUGGACCAAUAACAGUUACAACAUGUGGGACAUUCAAGGCACAACUCCCAGCAAACACGUUCAAUGAUGAAGAGCAAGGUGAUUCUCGCAGCUUAGAUGUUGGUCUUACAAGAAACCCAUAUUACUGGGUGAAUUUUGACUCUACUAAACAAGAAAUGGCAAUUGUUCUGACGAGAGAAGUUGCGCAAAGUCUGAGAGGCACAGCGUUGACGGUCACUCUCACUGCUACAGACUUGGCCUUGCAUCAGGUUCAUCAAACUGUUUACAUAAUCAUCGGUGAUUUGCCUAAGCCAGCAGCCUACACCGUCUCAAUGAGCUAUUUCAUCAACACUCCCCCAGCAAAUGGAAUUUUUGCAUCAUUUUACGACGAUGUCAGAGUGAAAAUAUUAAAGUACUUAUCUCAUUUAAGCACUGUUUCGUCGCUUGAGUUUAUAGAAGUGUCUCAACAAGUUUCGUCUGGCAUUAGGCUAGCAGCAAAAUGGAGCAGUUGUGGAAUGCUGCGCGAUAAAUGUAACACUGACCAAAAAAAUUCAAUUUCAUCGUUCUUACUAAGUAAUGGAGCCGUCAAUCAAACCUUCAAAUCGGCCUUACUGCCAAUCAUGGAAAUUACUUCUGUAAACGUGUCAUGGAGUCCUGUUUGCAAGGACAAUCUAACACCUCCAAUCGUCCAAAAUCCACUGCCAGUUAUAAACAUUGGAUACUGCGGUUACAAAUUCUUUCAAAUCCCUGCCAAUACGUUUGAAGACAAUAUUGAUGGAGAUACAUGGAACCUCACCCUCAGCAUCCUGAACACAACCAACCAGCUUGUGAAUGAGAACUGGUUUUACUUUGAUAAGGUACGUCGAGGUAUUUGGGUUGUCCUGUCUGACGAUGCCUUAUCUAGCACAACGCUUCCCAAAAUCUUGACAUACAAGUUGAAAGCGACAACGAAACGUGGCCUUUCAAUAAGCGACCAACUUCGAUUCAGAAUUAGCCAACGUCGCCCGAAUGCCAGCUUCAGCAUCAGGUUAAGCUUCAAUUGGCUGGCUAGUAGCCCAGAGAACAAUAAUGUAAUCGUUGCCAGUGUAAUGGAGAGGAUUGCCUCCUACCUUGGAGGUGUACCCAACGACUUACAUGUGACAACAGUGAGCCAUAUACGCACUGAUUCCGGGCUAUCUAUGGAAUUGAAUAUCGCAAACUGCACAACACCCUAUGAUUCCUGUAAUGAAGCAGCUCUGAAGUUGGUCCGAAAAAGAAUUUAUGAUAACUCUGGGUCCACCCCAACGUUAAGGAACGCUUUAGGUGCCAAUGUUGUCGUCACAAAUGCUCAGGUGACUGUUCAAGGAGCGUGUAACAGGAACAACACUCCGCCGUUUGUAAAAACCCCAUUGACUAGAAUAACCGUACACAGUUGCUCUGAUUUCAAUUACACUAUCCCACCAUCGACAUUUCAUGAUAACGAACAAGCCAAGCUGCGCUUAUCAGUAACAGAAAUCAACGGAAAACCUAUUAAUGGGGCCUACCAAUGGGUGAACAUUGAUACCGCAACAAACACUCUGUAUGGAAUCGUAACAGAUUCUGUUAUAGCAAACAAGCCUGCUAGUGGUUAUAACUUUACAAUCAAAGCUACUGACAAUGAUAUGCAGUCUGCAGUAUCUCAUCUGAUAGUCCAAAUUAUUGAUGGAAUGCCUCAGAAAUUUUAUCAGUUCACAAUAAGCUUGAUGUCAAAAGGGAAAGGAAGUUCUAAUCUUUUGACAGAUAUAUAUAGUGUUAGACUCUUGAACAGCUACUUUUCUACUCGCUUUGCCAAUCAAAUAGCAUCUUCUAUAGUAUCAGGUACUGUUACAUCCACGUACAGCAUCUGUUCAUUGCCAAAUCGAUGCGACGAGAACCUUGCCUCAGCAUACUUCAAUCGAAUUCUUGCUUCUCAGGACACAGUAUCAUCAGAGCUUAAAAGCCACUUUUCAAGCUACUUUUCUAUUACAUCAGUAUCGCUGUAUAGAAACCCUUUAUGCAGAACCGAGGUGAGUCCUCCUAGGCCUUCAAAGCCGGUCUGGUUUAUAGCCGGAUCAUAUUGUGGAGGGUUCCGUGUGCAAGUUCCACCGGACUUGUUUUCAGAUAAGGAAGACGGUGGAACUCAAAAUCUCGACCUUCAACUCUACUUAAACCACAGAGAUCCGGUUCCAGCAAGCUUCUGGGUACAGUUAAGCAAGAAAUCGCAGGAACUUUACGGAUAUCCUUCCAGAGAAACAAUGCUGUCCUACACAAAUUCGACUCAAAUAAAGCUUGUAGCAAAAGAUUCUUCUGGACAAGAGGGAUCAGUGAGAAUCUUAUUCUCGUUCGCAUCAUUUUCAGAACCCAAAGUGACUUACAAAUUUUCAUAUCGCGCUGUGAACAGCCUCAAAUCUGUCGACAAUGUUAUGCUAAUUUCCUCUAAAAUCGAAUCAUUUGUAAGAAAAAAAUUACAGUUUAGUUUUGGUUUAAUGAAACACGCUGAUGCCGCAAAUGGAGUUUAUAAUCUUGAAUUUGCAAAUUGCUCUGCAUCGUACAACCAAUGUGAUAUAGGAGCUUUAAAUAUGGUUAAAGAUCUUUUGAUAACAAGUCAGGGUCUUCCAAGGGCUACCUUUAAGGCUGCGAUUGAACCAUUUACAUUAGAUCAAAGUAGCGUGAUGGUAAAGAACUCGUGUAUAUCAAACAGAUUUCCUGUAGCCGUAAAGAGUUUAGAGAUUAAUGUUUCAUUGUGUCAGAAACUUGACUUCAAGAUUCCGAUGGAGACUUUCUAUGACCCGGAAGACGGUAAUACCAGAAACCUGGAGCUUUCAUUUACAAAAGAAGCGAAUGUAGCUAUUGAUAAACAAAGCUGGAUUCAGUUUGAUAAGGAUAAGCAGAUAGUAUACGGAUAUCCUAGGUUGCCAGAAAUCAAAGUGCAGGAUAACAAUAGGUCAUACUGGCUCUCUGCAAAAGACAAAGAAGGCAAAACUGCAAUGACGCGUUUGAAAGUUAAACUUAUAGGCAGCAUUCCUCAAACAACUUUCAAAAUGACAGUAAGAGGAGCAACCAGCAUGAACUCAAACCUGUCGUUUAUUGACCAAGAGAUAAGGCUAAUUAACAAAAUAGGAUUCUUCUUUAAUGAUCAUUCCCUCAGUAAUUUGUUUUAUAAUCGCAACGGUAAUCAAGUUGGGUUUUCUUGGAGUUUUUGCAAUAUUAGGCGUGACACAUGUGACUGUUCGAAGAUCCAAGAAAUCCGAAAGAAACUGCAGAGUUUGGAAGACUUCAAACGGUUCAUGCAGCCGGAGAUCAGAAUACAGGGAAAUGUGGAGGAGAAAAUGCUAGGCAUGUGCGCAAGAGAACUAAAUCCUGGAGUAAAAGAUGAUUACAACGAGCUACAAGUACAACCUGGGCAGUUCUUUUACAGAAAUUAUGGCAAUGGCUCCAUAACAAACUCUACGACUUAUAUGGCAAACAGAAAUAUCGUUACACCAGGAGACCCAAGCUGGGUAAAAAAACGGGAAGGAAAAAUCUGUGGGCUGCUUAGUCUUUCUGAAGCCACUGUAAAGCAAAAUUUGCAAGUAAAAAUGAUUGUUUACAAGUCACAGGUGCGUGAUAAAUGCGGCAAAGAAGCAAGAGAUACAUUCAAUCUGACAAUAAAACAGUACAUACCAACACUGUCGUAUAUGGUGACUGUGUUUCUAAGUGAGAAUAUAGGAAACAACUGCACAAAGCUGAGCAAUUUUGCUAGAAAGAUUUCAUCAUAUACACGGUAUCCAAAGACAGAGAUUUUUUUAUACAGGCAUGCUGUAUACAAUGUAUCCAGCAAUGCAUCGAUGGUUGUUUGGGGGCUUCGAAAUAUCACCGAAAGAAACUGCACAAACGGGACAGUGGCAGAAAUCAAGAGAUCUGUUCUGCUCGUCAAUGGCAGUGUAAACCCAGUGUUUGUUGAACACAUGAAGCCUGAAUUUGAGGUUCUCAACGUAACAGAUGAAAAAUCAGGAGUAUGCAUCCCGGCAUUCGUUGCGUUGCCAAUCACUUCCGACAUUGGUUUUUCUUGGUGGAUUGUUGUCAUUAUGAUCAUCAUAAUUUUGCUUCUUUUCUUCUUGUGGUUGAUUUGGAUCUGCAUACCGCGGUGUUGCUGGAAAAGUUGUUUCUCCAACCUUGGUUGCUGCAACAGCUGCUGUGCACCAGGUGGGAAAUACGGAUCUUUGGAGGACCCGGUUGAUAAAGGGGUUCUUGCACUGCCAAGAAAAGACGAAUUGGACAACGAAUUUUACAGUGGUGCCAUAGCGCAACCAGAUGAUGAGGCCGAUAAGGAUACAAAUCCCAUUCUAAUGCCAGAUGAUGAAACUAUGAGUGCUCCACAAGAAAUAGCUCCAGUAGAAAGCUCGCCUGGAUUUCCUGAGGAUUUUUUCCAAGAGUCUGAUCCGUCAAUUGAAAUUGAAGAAGAAAUUCAGCAAUAUAUUCUUCCUAUGGAACAAUCGGCACCAAUGUUACUCGCAGAUCUUCCGCCAGAAAAUGACCAGCUCUCGAUGCAAAAUACUCAACCGCAAGCUGUUCUUCCUCCACUUUAUCGUCGAGCCAGUUUCCAUGAAAUGCCACAAAUGACAGAUUUUUCUGUUGAAGGAGAUAGUCCUUCUCACGCUGAUAACGCCUCGAAUACACUACCACGCGAGCCUGGUAGUCAGGCAUUAGAGGGGAAUGCUAAUCCUGGCGAGGUUAAUGGUGCAUUUGACGACGAAUACGUGGACAAUGAAAGUCAAGAAAAGGCAGAGAUGUAUAGCGCAGUACGGGAAGAUCAGCGAAGGCUUCCACAGCCGAAUAUACAAUACAGUGAGCCAGAAAUGAAUUCAGUUGGCAUCCAGCAAUCAAUAACAGAUCACAAUUGGACAUCAAGAGAAAAUAGCAGUAAUCAAAGGAGUUCCUUUGCGUCGUCAGUGGAUCACUACAGGCACGAUGCCAUCAAUACACAGGAAGCCGACGGCCCUAGGUUUGGCAUCAUCGAUCAAAUUGACGUUGUAUCGCCGAGACGGAGAUCUUUGGAGCAGACAAGAAGAGCUAGUUUCGAUGAUUAUGUAGGGUACGAUGAAGCUAAAAGAAAGAACAGGGAAAGAACGCGUCGUCGCUCGUUAUCUUACGUCAUCGACCAUGAACCCCACGAUUAUUAUCCAGCAUUGAGACGUGCUUCUUUAUCAAGCAGAAGUAUGAGUGAAAGCAAUCUCAACAGUCAAAGGGCACGUCCAGGAAGACGGAUAUCACUUGUCAAAAUAACAGAUGACCAAGAACCUCAAAAGAGAGGGGUUGGUAGGAAAAGAUUAUCAAGAUCUUACUUCUCAAAUGAACAAGGCGGUCAGAGCCGUCGAAGUUCGGCUGUCUCAGAAUCAUAUGGUGGUGACCCGUCGACAAGUUCGAUUGCAAGACGAGUCCCAAUCGAACGGUCAUUCAUAGACCCAGGCGACAUUGCUUUUAGGCCCAAUCUUGAAGUACAGAAUGAGCAAAGGGAUUUCAGGAGAGAAAGAAGAAGCAGCGAAUUUAGCAACAGAAUGUUUGCUGUAAGUAGUGACCCUGCCUCACAGUUUUCAUUCAGCGAGAGUUUCGGUGACUCAGAUUCUGGAAUUUCUGAAUACGUUUUGAUGAACGAAAUGGAAGAAGCGCUCCCGCGUGGUAGGCGAAGAUCUCGGAGAGCUAGUCAAGAUGGCCGAAGACCAAAACAAUACAGGUCCGUGUCUUCAUCGAGAACGCAGCAUGAUGAAUAUGAGAUGAAGCCCCGACGAGUUUCCCGCGCAUAUAUCAACGAGAUGUUUAUCGGUGAUUCGAAUGCCUAGUGCAGGCAACUGACUCCAUUUUUCUUUAAGCAAAACAAAUGAAAUACUGCGUAGAUUGGGAUGGUUGUGAACCAAGUUUGCUAUGUUUUCAAGUUAUAAUCAACUUGUUUCACACUUGAAUUAUUUUCCAUUAAGUAUAUUUGAAAAAUGAUAUAUCAUUAUAUAGGUGAUAAAUAAUAGCACCUCAUCAUACACUUGGCAUUUGUUAAUAGAGAUUGUUUUACUUUGAUUUCUUUUAAACCUUCCACGAUAUGAUUUAUUUCUUUGCAGAUAUCUUUUAUGAGCUUAUUGUUUUUAUUGAUAUGUCACGGCAAAACCAAAUUCCUU